UGAAUCCGGAGACGGUCGACAAGCAGAUGCACGACAAUGGCAUGCUGCAAGACGACGAAAUAUCCAUAGAAAAAAACCCAUCCCCAUCCAAUUCGUCAUGCAAAACACGUAUAAAAUCCUUUGUUUGUCAUGCAAAAAAUGAGUGGGGAUGGCAUGGGUUCUUUUUUCUGUCGAUACGAAAAAACCAUGCUCGCGUUCGCGAGUGGGCGUGACAUGUUACUGCUCACCACCAAACGCGUCUUCCGGCUGGAUACCAAGGGCUGGACCGGAAACCGCACUCAGUAUUUGUCCAUUCCCUACUCGUCGAUUCGAUCCUUCGAGUGCGCGACGGCGGGACGCUUCGACUCCGAUGGCGAACUGAUGCUGGAGCUCAACGGAAACUGGCCGCUGAGCAAACCUGACAAACUAUCCAAAUAAAGAAGCAGCAGUAGUACCGCUAUCGCGCCAAUGCAUUGAUGAUGUUGAUGAUGCUGAAAUUUCUGAAAGCCCUUGUUUGUCUCUGUGUAACUACGUCAGACGCUCUGCAUGCUGCUCUUCUCCCCGACCAUAAAUUUCUUUACUAUAUUGACACAAGGUGGCGGUGUGGCUGUGGCUGCAUCUUCAGCAUCGAAUCUUCAGAUAACAUGUGUAAAGCGUAGUACGGAUUAUCAAGAUGAUCAAUCACCACAACACUCAACACUGAGGGAAGUCCGAACGCAGAGCAAGAGAAAAAUAAAGAUGCACUACAGGCUGCGAUGGCAAGACUCUUUUUUGUUGGAUACCAAAAAAGCAUCACCCUUGCGGCGGGUCAGUCGGUGGAUUGUACCAUCUCACAGGACCUCUCCUCGGGCUCCUGCGACAUGACGCGGGUUGCGCAGUUGCUGGGGGACCGCAUCAUUGCCAACAACGGCGCUAUCAUGGGUCCCGAGAUCCCCCAAACUCCGCCAUCAAAGGGUGAUGCCAACGCCAUGAUCGCCUGGUUUAUGAAAUAUCAUGAAGCCCCCGCUACCCAGCUAGACAUAAGAAUAUUACGCCAUUGCCACAAGAUAGAAUGAAUUGGAAUAACUUUGUUCCAUGAUCAGGAAACUAGAAGUACAAUGUAUUGCAACGACGUGGCGUUGCCAUUGCCAAAGUUGGUACAAGAACAUUCACCAGGACAUUUGGGUGCACAAGCUGAACCUGAGCAGUUACUUUACAGCACCAUAUUCGCGGUGAGGAAGCAGCAACUGAGAGGGACAAUAACUGCGCUUGAUUUUGAUUCGUAUGUAUGAGUCUCACAUUCAUUGGCAUGGCAAAGACGACGAAAAACGAGAAGUUUUUGCCUGCUCCUCCGUCUCUCAUCUGUUGUCUCUCUGGGGAGCGGACACGGCCCGCCUUGAUACGGUUGAACGGCCGGGACAUGGGCCAGCUGGACGCCGACGCAUGCAAGACAAUGACCGAGACAUUCAAGAGUUCUCCGAAUAUCAUGAUGGUACUUUUUUGUUGAUUUCGUCUAUGUACUUUUAAAGGAAAAGGUCUUGCGCUUGCCAGUGCCUUCCGCUAGCGUGGCGUACAGGACAUGAUCUCUAAGCAAGCACAAGCAGUUUCAAAAAUCACGAUGAGCAUUGACUCAGUUUCCUGGUACACAGUUCACUAAGAAAACAACGAUUGCCCUUUUUUCUAUCCAUUUUUCGAGGAUGUGGAUCUUGUUGACGAAUGGGGUCCCCCGUAAACUAAUAGACCGUAUAAUUAUAAUAAUACAAAAUCUGGUCCGGGCCUCCGUAUAAAUAUAAUCUAUAGGAGGCCUCUACUAAAAUAAUUCUAAACGAAUGUGCUUAGAAGGUCUCGUCUAGAAGCUUCGUGUAACAGAUUCAACGCUUCCCCUGUAUCUCUACGCCAUACCGUCGCGCAGAAUGUUACGCUGCACGCCCUGGCGAGCAGCAGAACAAAGCCGCGCAUCAACUUCAGUGCGAUUCUGAUACAGAAAGCGUCGACAAGCUCGACUGCCCCUGUUUUCACGCCCGAAAACAGGGACCAACUCCUCGGCCAUCACUUUCCGGCAUGGCAAAAGUGAUGGCAAAAAGCUUCCUGGCCAUCCCUUUGCCUUCGCUCGGGCAAAAGUGAUGGCCGGGAGCUCCUUGGCCAUCACUUUUUGCCCUUGCUUUUCGCUCGGGCAAAAGUGGUGGCCAGAAGCUCCUCGGCCAUCACUUUUUACUCGGGCAUGGGGCACGGGCUCCUUGGCCGUCACUUUCGUUCCGGCCGGGCCAAAGUGGUGGCCAAGAGCGCCUCCUGGGUGGGCCAUCGUUUCCGGUCGCCGGGCAAAGCGAUGGCCCAGGGGUCCUUGGCCAUCACUUCGCGGACGGGCGGCGCAAAAGUGACGGCCGCGAGCCCCUUGACCAUCAUUUUUGGCCAUCACUUUGCCGGUCGGGUCCAGCAAAAGUAAUAGGCAGGCGCUCCUCCUGGGCCACCAUUUUCCGGCCCGCCGGGCCAAAGCGAUGGCCAAAAGCCUCCCCUGGGCCAUCACUUCCCGAUCGGGCAAAUGUGAUGGCUGGCCAAGAGUUCCAUGGCCAUCAAUUUUCGCUCGCUCAGGCAAAAUUGGUGGCCAAGAAGAGCUCCUUGGAUGGGCGCCGCUUUUGGACAUCACUCUCCGGUCGGGCAAAAGUAACGGCAGGGAGUCCCUUGGCCAUCAAUUUCCCUUCGGGCAACCAAAAGUGACGGCGCGGCCAGGAGCCCCUUGGCCGCCACUUUUCUUUCGGGCAAAAGUGAGGGCUGCGAGCUCCUUGGUUGCUUGGCCAUCACCUUCCGGCCGGGCAAGAGUGAGGGCCAGGAGCCCCCUGGCCAUCGCUUUCCGGUCGAGCAAACGUUACUUCCUGUCCCCCCCGGCAAAAAUGGCGGCCAGGAGUUCCUUGGCCAUCCAUGACCUUCCGCCCGGGCGAGCAAGGUGAUGGCCACCCAACAGCAGCUCCUCGGCCACUACUUUUGGCGGCCAUCGCUUUGCUUCCGGUCGGGCAAAAGUGAGGGGCGAAAGCUCCUUGGCCAUCACUUUCCGAUCGGGCAAAAGUGGUGGCCGAGAGCUGCUUGGCCAUCACUUUUGGCCAUCGCUUUUCGCCCGGGCAAAAGUGAUGGACAAGAGCUCCCCGGCCAUCAUUUUCCGGCCGAGCAAAAGUUGUGGCCAAGAACUUCGCAGCGAUCACGUUUGGCCACCACUUUCCGGGCGGGCAAAAGCGAUGGUCAGAAGCUCCUAGCCCAGCCGGGCGGGGCAAAAGUGACGGCGAAGGGCUCCUUGGCCAUCACCUCCGGUCGAGCAAAGUUGAAACUAACUUUUGGCCAUCACUUUCCGGCCGCCCGGGCAAAAGUGGUGGCCAAGAGCUUGGCCCCCACUUUCCGGUGGGCCCGCCGAGCAAAACAAAGUGGAGGCCAAGAGCACUUUCGGGACGGACAAAAGUGAUGGCCCGGGGCUCCUUGGCAAUAACUUUUGGCCAUCGCUUUCCGGCCGGGGCGGGCAAAAAUGGUGGCCAAGAACUCCGCGGCGAUCAUUUUUUGCCACCAGUUUCCGGGCGGCCAAAAGUGAUGGCCAAAAGCUCCGUACCUUGCCCGGCCGGGCUGGGCUGGCAAAAGUGACGGGCGGCGACGGGCUCCUUGGCCACCACCUCCGGUCGGGCAAAAGUGAAACUUUUGGCCAUCACUUUCCGGCCGGGCAAAAGUGGUGGCCAGGAGUCGGGCGAAAAUGAUGGCCAGGAGCUGCUGGGGCAUGCAUCGCUUUCCGCUCGGGCAAAAGUGGCCACUUUUCGCUCGGGCCAAAGUAAUGGCCAAGACCUCCCUGGCCACCGAUCACUUUUGGCUGGCAAUCGCUUUCCUGUCGGGCAAAAGGGAUGGCCAAGAGCUCCCUGGCCACCCAUCGCUUUCCGGCCUGGCAAAAGUGAUGGCGAAGAACUCCUCGGGCGUCGCCUUUCGGCCGGGCACACAUGAUGGCCAAGAGCUCCCUGGCCGUCAAAGUGGCCAUCGAUCGCCUCUCGGCCGGGCAAAGGUGAUGGCUGGCCAAGAGCCUCGCGGCCAUCGCUUUUGUUUCGCUCGAGCGAAAGCGAUUGUGGCUAUCGCUUUCCGGUCGGGCAAGGGUGGUGGCCAAGAACUCCGCGGCCACCACUUUUUGCCAUCGCUUUCCGGUCGGGCAAAAGUGAUGGCCAGAAGCUCCCUGGCCAUCACUUUUCGGCCGGGCAAAGAAAAACAAUGGCGACAACUCCUUGGCCAUCGCUUUAACUUUUGCCCAUCACUUUCCGGAUGGGCAAAAGUGGUGGCCAAGGGCUCUUUCCUUGGCCAUUACUUUUGCCCAGCGCUUCCUUUCCUGUCGGGCAAAAGUGUUGGCCAGUAGUUCCGCUGCCACCGCUUUUCGCCCGGGCAUGCGAAAGUCCUCGGCCAUCANCCGGCUGGAUACCAAGGGCUGGACCGGAAACCGCACUCAGUAUUUGUCCAUUCCCUACUCGUCGAUUCGAUCCUUCGAGUGCGCGACGGCGGGACGCUUCGACUCCGAUGGCGAACUGAUGCUGGAGCUCAACGGAAACUGGCCGCUGAGCAAACCUGACAAACUAUCCAAAUAAAGAAGCAGCAGUAGUACCGCUAUCGCGCCAAUGCAUUGAUGAUGUUGAUGAUGCUGAAAUUUCUGAAAGCCCUUGUUUGUCUCUGUGUAACUACGUCAGACGCUCUGCAUGCUGCUCUUCUCCCCGACCAUAAAUUUCUUUACUAUAUUGACACAAGGUGGCGGUGUGGCUGUGGCUGCAUCUUCAGCAUCGAAUCUUCAGAUAACAUGUGUAAAGCGUAGUACGGAUUAUCAAGAUGAUCAAUCACCACAACACUCAACACUGAGGGAAGUCCGAACGCAGAGCAAGAGAAAAAUAAAGAUGCACUACAGGCUGCGAUGGCAAGACUCUUUUUUGUUGGAUACCAAAAAAGCAUCACCCUUGCGGCGGGUCAGUCGGUGGAUUGUACCAUCUCACAGGACCUCUCCUCGGGCUCCUGCGACAUGACGCGGGUUGCGCAGUUGCUGGGGGACCGCAUCAUUGCCAACAACGGCGCUAUCAUGGGUCCCGAGAUCCCCCAAACUCCACCAUCAAAGGGUGACGCCAAUGCCAUGAUCGCCUGGUUUAUGAAAUAUCGACAAGCCCCCGCUACCCAGCCAGGCAUAUAGAAUAUUACGUCAUUGCCACAAGAUAGAAUGAAUUGGAAUAGCUUUGUUCCAUGAUCAGGAAACUAGAAGUACAAUGUAUUGCAACGACGUGGCGUUGCCAAAGUUGGUACAAGAACAUUCAGCAGGACAUUUGGGUGCACAAGCUGAACCUGAGCAGUUACUUUACAGCACCAUAUUCGCGUUGAGGGAGCAGCAACUGUGAGGGACAAUAAACACACUUGAUAUUGAUUCGUAUGUAUGAGUCGCACAUUGGCAUGGCAAAGACGACGAAAAACGAGAAGUUUUUGCCUUCCCCUCCGUCUCUCAUCUGUUGUCUCUCUGGGGAGCGGACACGGCUCGCCUUGUUGAUACGGUUGAACGGCCGGGACAUGGGCCAGCUGGACGCCGACGCAUGCAAGACAAUGACCGAGACAUUCAAGAGCUCUCCGAAUAUCAUGAUGGUACUUGUUUGUUGAUUUCGUCUAUGUACGUCUCUAAGCAAGCAGUUUCAAAAAUCACGAUGAGCAUUGACUCAGUUUCCUGGUACACAGUUCAGUUUCAGUAAGAAAACAACGAUUGCCCUUUUUUCUAUGCAGUUUCCGACGAUGUGGAUCUUGUUGACGAAUGGGGUCCCGCGUAAACUAAUAGACCGUAAUAUAUUUAUAAAGUUGUAGGAGCGGGGUAACAAAUGACCCGUUAACUCGCACCCGCGAGUUAGCCGUCCGGCCGGCCGGCCGGACGGUUAACUCGCGGUUAGAACUGUAGACAAAUCGCAAGGUGGUGAUAUCUAACCCGAAGUGCUCGCAAAUCCUCAUUAGAGCAUGCUGAUUGAGAAUUUUAUCUUCGCGCUUAUUUUGAAAUGAAAUUGUAAUUGACUGCAAAACACGGCCGAAAAGCCGUAACUGGCUUCAUUUUUUGCAAUUCGAAACUGGGAAGGUUUUUCAUAAUCAUAUGUCAGCAGCGUAAAGUGUCGCUAUCCUUGCAGUUGAUCUAGCGAACGCUGAGAGUGGGCGAGCGAAACUCCGCCUGCGAGCUAAGAUUUUCCUCAGUCGGCCUGUUGCUACACCAGCAGCAACAGACCGACUGAAGCAAGUUCUUAGCUCACAGGCGCAGUUUGACUCGCCCUGUUCAUGUUCUAGCGGUGACGCAUGAAAAAACUUCCCAACUUCGAAUUGCAAAAAAUGAAGGCACUUGCGGUUUUUCCGCCGUGUUUUUUUUUCUUUUUCUUUUAUUAUCUUUCUUGUUAUAUUUAUCUUUUUUUAUUCUUUUUUUUUUUUUUGCUUUUUUUUUUUUUUUUUUUUGCUAUAUCUUUUUAUUUUUUUACUUUCUUUAUUUUUAUUUUUUUUUCUUUUUGUCCUGUUGGUUUUCUUUUUUUCUGUUUCUAGUUUUUUGUUUUUUUUUUUUUUUUUUUUUUUAUUUUUUCUUUGUUUUUGUUUUUCUUUUUUUUUCUUUUUUCUUCUUUUUUUUCUCUUUUUUUUUUUGUUUUUUUUUUUUUUUUUUUUUUUUUUUUUUGUUUAUUUUUUUUUUAUUUUAUUUUUUUUAUUCACAGGCGGACGAAUUCGUGGAAAUGGGUUUCACCGGGAGGUCCUUCUGGGGCACGGAGAAGCAGUUCUGUCUGUUCACUCCGCAUCGCGUGCUGGCGAUCGAACAGCGAAAAUCUCUCUUCAGUGGUUCCAAGUGGUACUACAAGACCAUCCCCUGGAAGUGGGCCUGCGGCACCUACGUGGACCGGCAGCUCGGUUGCUGCGACACGGACCAAAUCUUGCAGGUGGAUUUUCACUCGGUCUCGACGCCUCAGCUGACCUUAAAGCUGGAACAGGACAAGUGCGACUUGUUCCAGUGCACCAAUUACGUCCAGCGAAAGCUGGACGCGCUGACCCAACAUGCCACCGCUAUCAAGAGCAGCGGCAAGAUGAGCGUGCAGCAAAACAUGAAGCCCGAGGCCACUCCGGCCGCGGCUCCGGAAAAUGUCGUUCUGGAAGAAAAACCUGGGGCGGAAGACAAAACCAACGGCGAGUCAACCGCGGCACCGGCAGCGGAAUCCGCAUAGGGAGCAUGAUGACAAAGACGAGCGCGUUACAUUUCUUGCCCGUUCUACAACUUGAACUUUGCUAUUCAUGGCAAAGUAAUACGAAUACCAUGGCGAUGGCCUGCAUCAACCCGUGCAGGAGGUUCUUGCAGCUGCUCCUCGAUUUUACGCAUACAUUUUGUUGACCAGGGAAAAAGAGAAUGCAAAUAGAUAAAAGUAAAAAUACUAUUUUUCAAGAAGUAGGUCUAUGUACUUGUUUAUCUUUCUGUUUUUGUCCCCCUCGCCGACUCUCAUGUAGCCUCCUACCGCAUGAAUCCUGCGUCAUCUCAGUCGAUCAAUAAAAGUGGUUUGUCAGUUCCAUCAAGUCGCGUGGUCGCGCAGAGGUCGCUGUCCUCCUAUGAAUUGAAGGGCAAUUGCCAAAAGCAAGGAUGUGCGCAGCCGCAUGAUUUUUUACCAUGUUGGUGUGGUCCUCAAUGUGUAGGCAUUAGCGGUGUCAUCUGCAGCGCAAUGUUGCUACUCGUGCUUUCAUUUCUACACCGGUUACAGCCCCGUGAUAGAUUGCGACAUAUAGGAGAAACAUGCUAUGCAUCGAGUCAUGGACAACUUUUGACGUCAUGUUAUCAAAACCCAAAAUAAAGACUAGCAUAAUUUAUCCCCCGGGAACGAGAUGGAGAUGUGUCCCCCGACACAGCUUCGGAUAGGUUUUUUCGCACGUUUUCUCUAUGAUGCUGAGUAGAAGCACUCUGUCUCGUUCCACUAGUGUCACCACGCGUCUGAUUUUCCACAAUUUUCAACGCAAAAGUACAAUCGAUUUUUAUCAACUAAGUAAGUAAAUCGUGUUCCAUCGAUCGCAUCACCAUCAUGCAUGAAGCUAACGAGCAGGAGAAGCUUUCUGCAGGCACUUGCUGUCAUCUAUUUUGCUAUCCGUAUGAUCUAAUUUUACUUUCACAUUUUCAUGUUUUAUGUCUGUUUCAGUUUCUCUUUCAAUCUCUGCCUGUUCAGGAUCAUCAUGUUUGAUAUUUAUCAUUCGUUUCCGUAUUGUUAUUGUAUUGCCAUGCCUUGUGCUGUUAGUUUUCUAGUCCUGUCCGGCGAUGAUUACAGGCACGGAGCCGUAAUCGAAACUGACUCGUCGCUUGAGGUUGCGAUUUUCAGGAUUGAAAAUACUAAUACGCGGAGAACAAUUAUGUUGUGUUGUCAGUGACGCAAGAGCAGUAUGAAAGGACUCAGAAAAGGGCAACCAGAAACCGAAACGCACACCAAAAAUGUGGCAGUACUUUUAACUGGGAGAACUGGGAGAGACUAGCACAAGGACACUAGUAUUCAAUCGCGUCUCUCCUAAACGCAUCUACUUCGGAGUCUCGUUCGAUUUUCAUUUUCUUGUUUCUGAGCCAAGGGCAACGAAUCAGACGUUCGUAAAAGCGGCACGUACUUACAAAACUGCAUGUGGUCUGUUGGUUGAGAGCAGCUGAGAUUUGUGUCGUCGUACUAGGUGUUGGCCAGCAGAAUGCACCACGGCCUUCCUACCUCGCUUGCCCCCUACCGAAAAUUUUGAGGAGGGACGAAGAUCGUAAAGCUUCGAACUUAUCUCGUUGCGAGGUGACAAAUGAGUGUAGGAAUGGUGAAAAGUCAAAGAAUACGACCCUAAGAACCGCAAUCGAAACCACAGAGUGAGAGUUCGAUUUCAUUGAUGAGCGAGCCAGGAGAGGUGUUCGCGGUUGUCAGCACGGAAGGGCUAGAGCAAGAGGAAAUACUCAAAAAUCAUCGGAACUUGGACUUGGAACAAAGCGUAACGUCAAAGUAAAUGACGAUCUCCACCAGUGCAGUGAGUGCUGGCGAGUUUUUGUUUAUGAAACAUUUCAUGUCGGCGAAAGGCAAAC